AUGGAGAAACAGAAGCGAAAGGCCGAUGCAUCAUCCAUCAAGGAUGCAGGCAAUAAGCUGUUUGCCAGGGGCGAGUUUGAAGCAGCGUCGAAGUUCUAUGCGAAAGGGCUCAAGAUCGUUGAAGCACAGCUUCUAAAGGACAAUGACGUCGACUGUGUGGGCGACGUUCAGCCUGAGACUGUAUAUCUCAAGGCAGUUUUCCUUUCUAAUCUAUCCAACUGUCGAUUUGAAGUUGGUAGCUACACAAAAUCUGUCACAUUUGCGCAAUCCUGUUUGACAGUGUUGAAAGAAUUGGAAGGGACCUCAUCCGAGCUCCAGGUGAAAUCUCGUGCGCUGUAUUGCAAGAAUGUCCUGCGAAUGGCACGGGCACACUUCUAUGGGCACAAGAUUGAGGACAGCAUCACGAUGCUGGAAGAGUUGUCCACCUGUGAAAAUGAGGCAUAUUCCAAGAGGGGCAAGAAGAUGCUAAAGCAGUUUUCGCAGUACAUUUCUCAAAACAAGUGCCCACCUACUCCAGAGGCUCUUCUUAAGCAACCUGUCAGGCUGCUUCGUGUAGCACUCAUGGAACCAAUUGUGGAAUAUUACCGAUUUGGGCACAAUGAAGUCCAGUCUGCCUUGGAUGAAGGGCCAAUGGCAAAGAAGAUAUUAUGA